ACUUGAUAUGUCAAUUGUCAAAUCAGCAUCUAAGAAGGUGGUUGCGAAGGUGGUGUUACAACUUAAAAUGCUAAUGCAGUAAAUUGAAAUUUCAAUAAUUUUACUUGAAAACAUCUGCAUGAUAAUGGGACGUUCACGCUCUAGAAGUAAAUCUCCGCGGCGUCAUCAUAAAAGCAAUAAACAUUCGAGGAAGAAAAGUCGUUCAAAAGACAGAUCGUCCUCUCGCAGUAGGAGUACGAAACACGCCGAAAAGUCAAGAGAACGGAGUUCAAAAUCACGAAAAAGGUCACAUUCUGUGUCUUCAGCAUCAUCCACUGAUGGCUCAUAUGAUGGUAGCAGGAGUAGAAAGAAAUCCAAAUGCCGUAAUAAAAUGGAUGAAGUUGACCGCCUAGCAGAAAUGGAAAGGCAAAGGCGUAUAAGAGAAGCGGAACAAAAAGUAGUUGAGGAAGAAGCUGCUAAAAGAAUAGAACUUCUUGUUAAGAAAAGAGUAGAGGAGGAAUUAGAAAAACGAAAGGAAGAAAUAGAAAGAGAAGUAGCUAAAAGGGUUGAAGAGGCUAAAAGAAAAAUGGAACAUGAGAUGAUGCAAGAACUAGAAAAACAACGGGAACAACAGAAACGAGAGGAAAUUGCUCGACAGGUUGAAGAGGAACGUAAAAGGAAAGAGUUGGAGGAUAUCAUGGCUGAAAAUAAUAAAAAGAUUGAGGAAGCUCAACGCAAGCUGGCGGAAGAAAGGUUGGCUAUGAUAGAAGAACAAAGGAAGAUGGACGAAGAGAGACAAAAGUUGAAAAAGGAACAAGAGAAACGAGUAAAAGAGGAACAAAAGAAAAUUUUAGGCAAAAACAACUCCAGACCCAAACUAUCAUUCUCCUUGAAACCACUUUGAUAGGUGAUGGCUGUUUACUGGAGUAUAAAUUCAGAUACUUUCCAUGUAGGUCUCUGUGCAUUUAUAAGUGUUAAAUUUCAUUUUUUACUUGGUUUUGUCUUGUUUCAUAUAUUCCUUGGAUACUUGUAAAUAUACUAUUAAGUAUCAUAGUACAUAGAAUAUCUUGGAUU